CGAAUUUAUUUGACAUUUGCUUGCUUGUAACGCUUGUAACACUUUUGGCAUUUUCCGAAUUAAUUUCUGUUUUCACAAAACAGUUUUUCGCUUGAUUCACUCGAUUUGAAUAAAUUUCAAUUUUGUGACCUUAUCCGUUCCUAAGCCAGUGACAUGUCGGCAAGUGAAAAUAAUCAGGAGGGAACCAGUAAGGGUAAUGGUGAAGAUGAAGUGACACUUGGUGAAGUAUUGAGGCAACAAAAGGAAUUAGACGAUGAAUACGAACAAGAAUAUCUUGAAGUUCUUGGAGGUUCGGAUGAUAAGAUGUGCACAUAUUCUCAGGGCUACAUCAAACGGCAAGCGUUGUAUGCCUGUUUAACGUGCAAUCCAGAAGCGCGAACUGAUCCGACUAAACGAGCUGGCGUUUGCCUUGCUUGUUCAUAUAGUUGUCAUGACGGCCACGAUAUGGUUGAACUUUACACAAAACGUAAUUUCCGUUGCGACUGUGGCACUGCAAAGAUUUUGGCUGUUCGAUGCAAAUUCGAUACGGUGAAACUGGAUCAAAAUGACAAAAACGUUUACAAUCAGAAUUUCUCGGGGCUUUACUGUACAUGCCAUCGACCAUAUCCAGAUGCCGAGGACUCGAUCGAAGAUGAAAUGAUACAGUGUGUCUUGUGUGAAGACUGGUUCCAUUCCCGACAUUUGCAGGCAGCAGUACCUGCGUCGAACUCAUUCGCUGAAAUGAUUUGCGGUGACUGUAUGUCAAAACAUGAUGUUAUUCAUCACUACGUUGGCAUGAGCAUUACCAAGGUUGACGAUUCCGUAUUGGACACAACAGUCGAUCCAGAUGUUUCUCUCAAUACGACAGAACAGAAUGACACUACAAUGGAUGACAGUCACAAGGAAGGCGAAGAGGGAAAAGUUGAGGAACUGUUGAAAGACGAAAUCAAUCAAAGUAUCAUGAACAUUAUCGAGAUAAACAAAAGCAACAUCGAAACAAGUGACACACUGGACCAAGAGCCACCGGCGAAGAGACAAAAAAUUGGAACGGAUACAACAGUGGCAAAAUGUACGAAACCAUUGCUAGUUGGCGAGAAACUACCAGGUGCCACAUUUUGGCCGAACGAUUGGCGAAAAAGUAUUUGCUCUUGCGAGAAAUGCAUAACGGAGCUAAAAGAACAAAAAAUCGAAUUUCUGGUCGACCUGGAAGAUACUGUGCUGAGUUAUCAGGAAAAAGGAUUGGCCAAAGUUCACGAAACGACAGAGGACCGAGCAAUGAGAGCAUUUUCACAAAUCGACCGACAACAGCAAAUUAACGUACUAACCGGGUACAAUAAGUUAAAGGAAAAUUUGAAAGAAUUUUUACAUUCGUAUGCGGUCAGCGAUGUAACUGUUACCAUAGACGAUGUUAAUCGUUUCUUUCGCACGAUGAACGAAAAAGAUGGAAAGUAAAAUUCGAUCUUUCUGAUUUGAUUGGGGGCGUAUCUCAUAAUAUGAAUAAAUCAUCUAAAUUACUAUCA